CUCUCCAAAUCCCCAUUGUCAGAGCUCCACCUAUAAACGGCAAACACAUCUUGAAGCGCUUACCUUGACUCCGAUUAUUUAUUACCAUUUAUAGGAAAAAAUAAAUCCCUCAAAGCCACUUUUCAGAACCCUGACUCCACCGCCCAAAACCACCUUUCAGUAACCCCUCUUCAUGUUUCCAGGCAUUCGGUAUUUCCUUUCUCUCUCUCUUCCCUCCUUCUUAUGUUUCUUGUAUUCAAUUUUAAACCGUUCGCGAGACUCACGCGCUCAGGGGUGAAGAUGGAGAUUUGCCAGUUUCUACAGAGAGACUAAAAACUAAAAUCUUAAAAACCCUAGAAAUCCGCGGAGAUGGCGUCGUCGAAGGUGAUGGCGUCUUCGAGUUCGGCGAAUUCGGAUCUGGCGCGGCAGUCUUCUAUAUAUUCGCUAACAGUCUCUGAGCUUCAGAACGAUCAGAGUAAGAAUUUUGGAUCUAUGAAUAUGGAUGAGCUUCUUAAAAACAUUUACGGUGAUAAUCCCUCGGCGGCUGAGAUCAUUCCGAAUGCUGCUGCCGGUGCCAGUAAUGAGGAUGGUGAAUCGAACGGUGGGAUACCAAAUGUCGGCAACAAGUCGGUUGAAGAAGUGUGGAAGGAUAUUGUUGCGAGUGCGGGUGGCGGUAGCGUUGAUCGGAAAGUCAGAGGUGUUAGUGAUGUUCAAUUUUAUAAGGACACACCGUAUGAGGAGAUGACUCUAGAGGAUUUUCUGGCGAAAGCUGGAGCAGUUAGAGAGGAAGAUGUGAGGGCAACGCAAGCCGCCGGGCCGGUGCAAGGUGUUUUUCCUUCGGAUCCAAUGUUGAGUAAUCGGUUUCAGCAACAGCAGCAGCAGCAGCAGCAGCGGCAGCAGCAACAAGCGCAACAGCAACCACAGCAGCCGCAGAUUGAUGGAUCAAUUGUUGCAUUUGGAAAUGGAGUGGAGGGAACUGGUGUAAUAAGGGGGAAAAGGCGAGUGGUGGACGAGCCGGUUGAUAAAGUUGCGCAGCAGAGACAGAGGAGGAUGAUUAAGAACAGAGAAUCUGCGGCCAGGUCGAGGGAACGGAAGCAGGCAUACACUGUUGAGCUUGAGUCUCUAGUGUCACAGCUGGAAGAGGAGAACGCGAGACUUUUGAAAGAGCAGGUACUGCAGUUCAGUUCAAUUUAGGUGUAAUGCUGGCGUCUUAAGAGUUUUUAAUUAGCUAAUCGGGUUUAUUUUGUUUA